AUGAGUAAUGAAUUAAUCAAUCAUUGGUAUUUACCAAUUGGUUUAAUACUAGUAUAUUAUAUUAUUAAAUAUAUUCAUACUCAAUUACUUAUAAAACAAUUAGGAGCAAAACCAUUUACAAAUUAUAGAUCAGAUGGUUUUUUGGGAUUUAAAAAUGGUUUAGAAGCAUUAAGAAGAAAAAACAAUGGUACUUCUUUAGAAAUGGGUCAUGAAAAUUUUAUAAAAGUUUCAAAUCCAGAUGUUCCAACUUAUCAUGAAAGAGUAUUUGGUACUCCUUUAGUUUUUACAAAAGAUCCUGAAAAUAUUAAAUCAAUAUUAGCAACUCAAUUUAAUGAUUUUUGUUUAGGUAAAAGAUUAUGGUAUUUUGAACCUUUAUUAGGUAAAGGUAUUUUUACAUUAGAUUUUGAAGGUUGGAAAGAUUCAAGAGCUAUGUUAAGACCACAAUUUGCAAGAGAACAAAUUGCUCAUGUUAAAUCAUUAGAACCUCAUUUCAAAUAUUUAAUGAAACAUAUAAAUAAUCAUAAGGGGGACUUUUUUGAAAUUCAAGAAUUAUUUUUUAGAUUUACUGUUGAUUCAGCAACUGAAUUUUUAUUUGGAUCAAGUGUUUCUUCAUUACAAGAUGAAAGUAUUGGAUGUGAUCAAACUAAUCUUGAUUUCGAAAGUAGAAAGUUAUUUCCAAAAGCAUUUAAUACUUCACAAUUGUAUUUAUCAAGUAGAUCAUUAUUACAAGGAUUUUAUUGGAUGCUAAACAAUAAAGAAUUUAAAGAAUGUAAUAAGAUUGUUCAUGAUUUUAGUGAUCAUUAUGUUAAUAAAGUAUUAAGUUUACCACAAGAAGAAUUAGAAAAAUCUGAUAAUUAUACCUUUUUAUAUGAAUUAGCAAAACAAACAAGAGAUCCAAUUGUAUUAAGAGAUCAAGCAUUAAAUAUAUUAUUAGCUGGAAGAGAUACUACUGCGGGUUUAUUAUCAUUUGCGAUAUUUGAAUUAGCUAAAAAUCCACCAUUUUGGUUAACAUUACGUGAAGAAAUCCUAAACCAUUUUGGUACAGAAGUUGAAGAUAUAACAUUUGAAAAUUUAAAAAAAUGUGAAUAUUUAAAAGCUAUAUUAAAUGAAACUUUAAGAUUAUAUCCAUCAGUUCCAAGAAAUGCAAGAGUUGCUACAAAAAAUACUACAUUACCUUUUGGAGGUGGUAAAGAUGGUCAAUCUAAAAUUUUUAUACCAAAAGGAUCUACAAUUGUUUAUAAUAUUUCUGCUACACAAGUUGAUCCAAAAUAUUAUGGUAAAGAUUCAAAAGAAUUUAGACCUGAAAGAUGGUAUGAAGAAAGUACAAGAAAAUUGGGAUGGGCUUAUUUACCAUUUAAUGGAGGUCCUCGUAUUUGUUUAGGUCAACAAUUUGCAUUAACUGAGGCAAGUUAUGUAAUUGCAAGAUUAGCUCAAAAUUAUUCUACUUUAAGUUUGAAACCAAAUAGUGAAUAUCCACCAAAAAAAUUAAGUCAUUUAACAAUGUGUCUUUAUGACGGUGUAUAUAUUAAAAUGGAAAAGUAA